CCUCCUGCGCAUGCAGAACACCUCUCGGCAUCUCGGAGCGCGUCCACGCUACGCCAUGGCGCCAGCGGCUAGCCAGUCACCUGCCCCGGCGGCGCCCGGCAUUGCUACCCCCGAGGCUUGGCCGGCGGCCUCUGCCGACGCCGACCGCGCGUUCACCUGGCUCAGCGCCAACGCCGUACUCGUUCUCGCGAUCCUCGUCUGCGGCCUCUUCGCCACGAUCGCGCUCCACGUCGUCCUCCAGUCCUUGCUACGCGUCACCGGCCGCGCGUGGUUCGGCGCCGGCAGCGGCCUGCAUGAGCCGGCUCCGCGCGCGAGUGGAGGGCGCGGCGGCAGGAACCGGGGGGCCCAGGCGCUCCCGUGCCUGGCGUACUCCGCCGGGCUCGAGCUGGCCGGGUCGUCGCGGUCGGAGUGCGCCAUCUGCCUCGCCGAGUUCGAGCGCGGGGAGCAGGUGCGCGUGCUGCCGCGCUGCAACCACGGGUUCCACGCCCUCUGCAUCGACCGGUGGCUGGCGGCGCGGCCGACGUGCCCCACGUGCAGACAGGCGCCGUUCGCCGAGCCCGACGAGAGCGUCCUGGCCGCGGACUGUGCACGACCGGCGCCCGCUAUCGCGGUGGUGCGGGUGAUUGUAGACGGUGGCGGGAGGCGGCGUCUCGAGAUUUAGCUCGCAAUCGCAUGACGAAACUAGCGAGCUUGUUAGCGAUCAGGCACGCAGAUGGGCGUUGCACGG